GACCACCACUGAGUCCGGUAUUGUUGUGAAAUAACCUUUUCUGGUUUGAUGAUCGGUAAUCUUCAGCCAAUUGCCAGUCCACUCUGGCUGCAGAUCCACUCCUGGUGACCAAUGACCACGACCGAUCACCACACACCAACCAAGGCUUGAAACACUUGGGUCAGGGGAUGAAACGACUGAUCGUGCCCUACUUGCCGUUAACCAUGCACGAUUCGACUACAAAUUCCCUGAGGCACGCGGACGAUAGAUUAAAAGGAACGCAUGGGAACCAUACCAAGUGGGAACUAGCCAGAAACCUUGAGGGAAAGAUGGUGUGAAAAUAGAAAAUGCCACAAGGAUAGCUUCCGUAUGGAUGCCAGCGAAGGAUACAGCGCUUGAAGGAAUGACUCUGUCUAUUGGUGCACGGAAUACACACUGACCUAAAGACAAGCCAGAACAAAGGAAGGACAGAAAGACAGCAUGCAGGAGGGAAAGAGAGAGCGCCUUGAACACCCAAUCUGGAGAUCUAACAGGCUAUAUAUCACUAUGGUGCUGAGCCAAGGCCUUGAUCAACAUUUCGUCGUGGCCAGAUUCCUGUCGAACGGGUCCAAACUAUGUGCGCGGGCUUUGUUUUCCCUUUUUCUUUUUUCCGGUGGCCAAUACCUUGUUUUGCUUUUUUCUUGUGCUGUACUUCAGCCCUUCCAAGAGAUUAACAAGAGCUUGAGAAUGGUCAAAAUACGUAUGUCCCUUAUUCGCCAUCCAAACAACGGACCGCGUGGGAGUGUUUGCCUCUGGAAUCCUCUAUGGAGCUGUUUGGAAGGGGAUUCGCAACGACUGGUAUGGAUCAGAGGCCGUGCGUCUCCACUAACUACUCGAUCGGUUAGAGGAAGUGUGCAGACUGCUGCGAUAGUACGCAGGAGCUCAACCCUCAGCCCUGUGCCAAGUGUAGUUGGUACCCAGCAUGUAUACGCAUACAUUCUUCGGGCCAUGGAUGUCAACAAAGCGCCACACCAGGGUACACAUAACUGGGCUUGUCACCACGAGAGACUGUGCAUUAUCUAGACGUAUAACUACCAUCUACUUGCCGGAGAUAGCACCAUUUGUUUCCGAUGGAGAUUUUGGCCCCUGCUGUUUUAUCUGCGCGAAAUAGGCACCGAUGCGCCGACAGGAGCAG